AUGACCAACCCGGAGAGGGAGCUAUCACACAAAUCAACUGCAUCGGGUACAGCUGCGCGUCCUGAAGAAAUCCCAAGUCUUUCGGCAAGACGAGGCACACUUGAAAAGCCUCGCCCUGCUCUUUCCCAGUCUCCCUUUUCUAUUAUACACUGCCCGCUUUCUUCUCCUGAUCCUCCACCAGCUUCGCCCCCAGCCUUCCAACGGAUUUCCGUGCUUCCUGUUCCCGCCGCAGACAUAUGCUCGGAGAUCUAUGCUAAUAAAAAUCCUCGGGUUCGAACAGUUUAUUUCCAGAAUUUCGCCCGAUUUGAUGGAAUUUUCAUUCUUAGGUAUUAUGCUGAUCGUGGUAAGGAGUAUAAAAUUAAAACAUUGAUGAGGAAUCAUAAAAUUUACGAGUUGAAAGUCUAUAUUGGUGGUAAGUUCUUAUUACGUUUCAGAGAUUCAUGCACAUUGCUCCCUAGCAGUCUUGAAUCAUUAGGUAAGACAUUAUGUCCUGAAUUAGGUGCCAAAGGUUCUAUCCCACAUUCUGAAUUGGAAGUGUCUAAUCUUCAGGGUCAUAGUGAGGAUUUGAUAAACUAUCUUCGACAAGAUAUCCUUAUCUUAGGUGGUGUGAUGUUGAAGGCACAAAAGAUUUAUUGGGAUAAGUAUAAUAUUGAUAUCGAGGAAAUGAUGACAUUGUCAUCGCUUUCCCUUAAAAUCUUUCGUAAUAAUUAUUUGGAUGAUGAGUCCUUUCAUAUUCAUUUACCUACUAGGAAUCAAGACACCUUUAUUAGGCGCGGGUAUUAUGGUGGGCAUUCUGAUGUCUAUAAACCUUAUGGGGAGAAUCUAUACUAUUAUGAUGUGAACUCUUUAUAUCCUUAUAUUAUGAAAGAAUAUCCGAUGCCUUGUGGUAUACCAGUCUGGAAAAAGAAUUUGGAGAGCGUCGAAUUAGAUAGCUUGUUUGGCUUUAUUGAGGCCUAUGUAGUCUGUCCUACUAAUAUAUCAUGUCCAUUCUUACCUUAUAAGGAUAAAGCAGGUACUUUACUCUUUCCUACAGGUAAAUUCGUUGGAGUCUUUUAUAGCGAAGAGUUGAAGUUUGCUCGUCAUUUAGGUUAUCAUAUAAUGCCUCUUAGGGGUUAUUUUUUUGAGAAGAAGGCCAGUGGUUGGCGCUGA